CAGAAGAGAAUUAAAUCGUGAAUUUUUUAAAUUUCAACUGGUUUUUCCUGAAGAUAAUAGGUAUCGCUAUUAGAACCUUGAACAGAGUACAAAUUCGAUAUUUUAGUGUGCCAUUAAUUGCGAUAAGAUCGAAUCAGUAUCGCUUCGUGAACGUCACUAAAGCCACAAUCAAGUAGGAACAUACCCAGAAAACUUGUUAAGCCGUAAAAGUACCACGAUAACCAUGUCGAAAAUAUUCAACAACCGAAAUCAGAGCUUCUUAUAUCUCGAUACAAGGCAUAAUGACAGGAUUCUAAGACAAUCAAUUGCUAAAAUUAAUGUGAACGUCAAAUCAGAUUUCACAAAGGAUAUAACGGAAUCAACGGAGACAGAGGAAAAGAAUCCAACACCACGAGAGGUUUUAACAGAUUACCUGGAAAGCACUUCUGUACACGGUUUGCAAUAUUUCGGUAAAACGAAUAUAGAAGUCGGAGUUCUUGGGAAAAUCCUGUGGGCCUUUACUAUAUUAACUUGUUUCGUCUGUACUUGUCAUUCCUUCGAGGUACAUCGUCUAAAAAGGUGCACGCGAUUAAACGCGCGUCUCGUUUCAGGUUUGAGCUUGAUGUUAAUGCAAUUUUUGCGUCGUUACAACGAGAAUCCGACCAACACCUACAUACAAACCUUCGAUGCCCCGAUAUUCCGCGCGCCAUUUCCUGCUGUAACCAUUUGUCCAUCUAUACCAAUUCCUCUGAAGAAACGCCUGGCCAUUUUGGAGAACUCCAUCUUACCCGAGAACGUGAGCAGAGAACUCGCGUUGGAGAUGUUAAACUACGGACAUCUUAUAACUCAUCCGUACGUGAAUAAAGAGUUUAAACAAAUGGACAAAUUAAAAGAAUUUUUGGAUGCCAAUAAGUGGAGCGUGGCGAAAUUCGUGAAGACUCUAAUCAAUUGCGAGGACAUGUUCGAAUCGUGUUGGUGGAGUACGGAACGCAUAGAUUGCACUAAAUCCAUUAAACAUUCGUAUAGCUCUUACGGACUAUGUUGCUCCUUUAACUAUCUUCUUGAGAAUUACGUAGGAUCCCAGAAGGGACAACCAAAACCGAAGCCUUUGAGUUCAGCUGAUUUUGGACUGUGGAGCGGCUUAAAGCUAGUGUUCAAUAAAGAAAUGUUCAUGAUCACCCAAGACGAUAUGCGUAAUUCCACGAGAGUCAUGAAUAGUAAUGGCAUGGUGGUAUUGAUACAUCACAGAAUGGAUUAUCCAGGUCUUAAUACUAAUAUGUACACCUUGCAAGUGAACCAUGAGUUAGAGAUCGCCAUAAAACCGGAACUCAUUCAAAAGCCAGCAGGACUUCAACAUCGUAAUAAGGAGAAACAGUUAGUCCCCGUGUGCAUAGCAGAAGAUCAAAACACUUUGGAAUAUUUUUCUGUUUAUCGCUAUUCGAAUUGUUACGCAAAUUGUAGAGUCAAGGCCAUGAUACGGCUAUGCGGAUGCUUACCAUUCAUCUACGACAACAUAGCUGAAUCCUACAACAUCUCACGUUGCGAGAUAGAACAUUUGCCUUGCAUCCAGAGAAAUGCGAAAUUGAUAGGUAUCGUGAAAGACAUACAGAACGAGAAUUUCACCUGCUCUUGUAGGACUCCGUGCGAGAACAUGAACUACGAUAAUUCGCCUAAUUUGAUAUCUCUGACGAAAGCCAGCUUGCCAAAUACGACGAACAAAAGUGCUGCGAUUAAAGUUUACAUGUAUUCGCAAACUUUCCAGAUGCUGCUAACUCUAUCAGCCGCCGACGAAACUUAUCUCUUAGCAUCAGUCGGUGGAAUCUUUAGCUUGUUCCUUGGAUGCAGCUUCCUCAGCGUCGUGGAGAUCGUUUACUUCGUUUACUUGUAUUGUCGCGCAAUCUUCGCGCGUAAGAGGCACGAGGUUCAAACAGACCACACAACCAACGAGAUCUUUGUAAACGGUCGCCGACGUGUUUAUUAAAUCUCAAUAAAUUCCUCGAACAGAUCUAGCAACGUUCUCUCUCCCUGCGAGAAUACUUUUGUAUCGAAACUGUGGAUUUUUCCGAUACGGCAGGCUAAUAAUUUGACCGAACGAUUCGUUACGUGGAUUCCACACGCGGUUUAUUGUGUAACUCAGGCCAACACACGUAGUCAGCGAGAAUCUGGAGCAAUUAGAUCUAUUUCGAGCGAUUACUGGAACGCCAACGGAGGCAACGUUUACCACCCAUCGACCAGUAAAAAUAUUUGCCACGCCGUGUUUUCGCUUUGAUGUUCUAUCCUCGUGGUUAUGUCACUUGGUCGGACAGACCUUUAAUCAACAGACCCAAGAAUUACGAAUUCCUGGAUUACGAGCGAGGAUGGUUAAUUGCUGUCUCGGUGCAGCGUACUUGUCUCGAUCCGUGUCGAAACCGGAAGUCACGCUUCUCCCGUUGCCUGCCAGGGUAAUUAAUUCUUGUCGUGGCCGUGUAAUACGAUAGGAACGUUUUGAAAGCGAUCUAGAGCGGCCGUGGAAAGUUCUAUGACAUUAUGCGACGAGAGAUAGGAAAAUGUACGUUUAUUCGACGACGGAGGAGCAGGAAAGGCGGAGAAUAAUGUUUCUCGUUGUGAUACAUCGAAGGAAGGGAAGGCGAUUAACGCUCCUUAACAGUAUUCUAUUUAUAAGCAAAAAUAUUCGAGACACUCGAAAUCGACGGCAGAAUCGGUAACACGAUCCACGACAAGUAGCAGCGAAUAAAUUGCGUAAUAACCGUGGAAAUUCGGUCAGUAUCGCGUGGACGCGUUCAUACCGUGGAAAUAUUCAGGAUAGGUGAGAUAUGUUCAUAUCGUCUAUUUUCGGAAGUGCUAUCGAAAAUACCGAUUUAGUUUUCUGUAUAUUGGACGUGUUACCACCGUCGUGUAGCGACGAAAAGAGCUGGAACCAUCGGUCGCUAUUUUCGACUUAACACCCACGUAUUUCUUAACCAUCGUCCGUAUACCCCGAGAUGUUUUCUAUCUUCGCGCGAGCACUCGAUA